AUGACCCCCCAAGACUCUCGCAAAUUCCACGAGCUCCCCAUAAAGCCCCACGGCAUCCUGUGGCACGAAGACUUCAUAAGCGCCUCGCACGAGGCGGAGCUGAUCAGCAUCUUCCAAAAUGAACUAGAGUGGCCGUCGCGGAGCGGCCGCAUCUCGCUGCACUACGGCUACUCGUUCGACUACAAGACGUUCGGCAUCGACCCGGACAUUCCGUACAAGGAGUUCCCGGCCUGGCUGCAGCCGCUGAUCCCGACGACGGAGAGUCGCCCCCCGGACCAGGUCUGUCUGCAGUAUUACCCGCCCGGCAGUGGCAUCCCGCCCCAUGUAGAUGCGCAUAUGGCGUAUGACCAGCUGUAUGCGCUGUCGCUUGGGGCGCCCAUUAUGAUGCAGUUUCGGCGCGGGGAGGACCGCGUGGAUGUCGAUUUGCUGCCGAGGAGUAUGAUGCAGAUGACUGGCGAGUCGAGGCUGUUUUGGUCGCAUGGUAUUAAGAAGAGGAAGAAUGAUACCUUGCCUGAUGGCGAGGUUAGGCCGCGCAGGGAUCGUUGGAGUAUUACGUAUCGCUGGGUGAGGGAGGGCGAGUGUGAGUGUGGCGAUGUCGAGGUCUGUGAUGUUGCGCAGCGGAGGCAGGGCGUUGAGAAGGAGAAGAGGAGUUUGAAGGAGCUGGCUUUGAAGGCGGAGGCGUCUGCUUGA